GUCUUCUUCACCUCUUUCUAAAUCAACGCAACAAACAUGAAGCUCGCCCUUGCUCUCCUUUUCCUCGCAGUGGUCUCUGUCCAUGGUCACGGCUAUUUGGCAGAUCCCUUAGCCCGUACUUCCAUCCAUAUCCGGCCAGACGAACCGUACCGCCCCCCUUACGAGUGGAAUCAUUCAGGCAUCGAGUGCCGCACUCCGCCCACCUAUGGCCAAUCGGGUACUUGUCUACGGUGCGGGACCAGCACCGACAUGAAUUCUGGGGGUGCCUAUGACAAGAAUGAAAUUACUGGAAACUAUACGGCCGGAUCGAUCAUCGACGUCGUCGGAGAAAUGACUGCCAACCACAGAGGUUACUUUGAGGUGGAGCUCUGCAUGUCGGAAGUCGAAAGUGACUACUGCUUCUCCAAACUUCCCAUUGUUGGUGGAACUGAAGGCCAUUUAAUUCGAAUUGACAACAGAAUUUGUACCAGCUCGGCCGGAGGCGAUCACGAGGAUAAAGCUGUCACUGCCCGCGUCCAACUCCCGGUUGGAUUUACGUGCAAUAAGUGCACCCUGCGGUGGACUUAUAGGACUUCAUACCCACCAGCGGCCGACCAUUGUUUCAACCCGGACGAGUCGGUACAAACCUUCCGAAAUUGUGCCGAUAUUACAAUCAGAUAAAUUUUCAUUGUCGAAUUCGAUCUUAUAUCAAAAGGAUGUAUUAAUUAUUUGAAUAAAUUAUCCCAGCAUUCAAAACUCGUUUAA